CUGCUGGAGGAGGAGAGGCUCCCGCACCGCUCUGCGCCUGCCUUGUGACUGCGAAACCAAUGUGCUUAAUAUAGGCCAAGCGAAAACAUUCUUCCCAAAAUAGAAGACCUUCCUCCAGAAGGAGCCGCAGCUCCGGCAGGAGCAGUCACAAGGGCAGGAUGAGGCUCCUGAGCGCCGUGUUGGUGGCUCUCAGCCUGUUCCUCACCGGUGUCCGGGGGAACAACACUUCCCGAACCUGCAUCUUCCAGACCCUCAACGACUCGGACAAGGUGUUCUGCAAAGGGGAGCUGGAAGUGAUCUACCCCAACGUGGGGGACGUGUCCUGCUCCUACAUCCCCAAGUGCCACGGCUACCGGCGGCAGAUCAGCCGGGACUGGGGCAGCCCCCACGUCCGCUACCCCUGGGCUGAGAAGAACAAGAAGUACGUGCUGGUGAUGGUGGAUCCCGACGCUCCCAACAGAGCCAACCCCCGGCACCGGUACUGGAGGCACUGGCUGGUCACCAACAUCCUGGGUGCGGAUCUGAGGGUUGGGAAGGUCAAGGGCCGUGUGCUGUCAGGCUACGUCCGGCCCUCGCCCCCUCCCCACAGCGGGUACCACCGCUACCAGGUCCGCCUGUACGCGCAGCCAGCCCAUGAGCACAUCUCCCUGAGCCCCGAGGAGGACGCCUCGCUGGGUUCCUGGGACCUGAAGGGCUUCGUGGAAGACUUUGGGCUGGGUUACCCUGUGGCCAAGACCCAGUUCCUCACCAAAUACUACGAGGAUUAACUCCAGCCACCACGCCCUUCCCCUGCACCCCCUCACACCGCAGAGCCACCUCCUCCCGGAGCUCAGGGGACCCCAGGACCCACCCAGGGUGCGCCCACCCUGC